AUGUCGCGCCCGGAAGACAUAUUACCCCCGGACCUGCACUACAAUGACGUCGAAUCACGCAAAUACACCACCUCCUCGCGAAUCCAGCGCAUCCAAGCCGACAUGACCCACCGCGCGCUCGACCUAAUCGGGCUUACACAACCCUCGAUGAUCCUCGACGUCGGCUGCGGCUCCUGUCUUUCAGGCGAAAUUCUCUCACAGACUGCCGAAGAAGGCACACCCGCAGGCCCGCACGUAUGGGUGGGGUUCGACAUCAGCGCCUCGAUGCUGGGCGUUGCACUGGAGAAGGAAGUUGAGGGCGACCUGCUGCUGGCGGAUGCGGGGCAGGGCGUGCCGUUUCGCCCGGGAACUUUCGAUGCGGCGAUCAGCAUCAGUGCGAUUCAGUGGCUGUGUCAAGCGGAGACGAGUGAGGAUUCGCCGACUGCGAGGUUGUUCAGGUUCUUCAAUCAGCUAUAUGCGAGUCUAAAGAGAGGAGGGAGGGCAUGUUUGCAGUUCUACCCCAAGAACGAUGAGCAGAAGAAGAUGGUGGCGCAGGCGGCGAUUAAAGCUGGAUUUGGCGCUGGUCUGCUUGAGGAUGACCCCGGGACGAAGAGCGCGAAGACGUACCUUGUGCUCACAGUUGGUGGAGGCAACCUAGACGGCGACAUUACUGGUGUGGUGCGCGGCAUGGAGGGUGUAGACGUUAUGGAGACACGGCGCAAGGGUGGUCUCGAGAAAAGAGGCGUGGACAAGAAAGGCAGCAAGGGCUGGAUCCUAAAGAAGAAAGAGCAACAGAAGGCACAGGGCAAGGUUGUCAAGGCAUCGUCCAAGUAUACCGGCCGCAAGAGGAGGAUUCAGUUUUAG